AUGGCUGUGCAGGUGCAGCAGCAUCGUGGGCUGCUGCUGCUUGUGGUGUCGGUGCUGCUGCUGCUGUUCGUGCUGCAGCAGCAAGCGGCAGCAGCUGCCGUUCUUUUGCUGCAUUCCCAGCUGCAGCCCUUCGCUUUCUUAUCUUCAGAGGCAGCAGCAGCAGCUGCUGCUGCUGCCGUCUCUGCUGCUGCUGCAGAGGGCGGUACUCGCUUGAGAAUAGCACCGCAACGCUGUGCAGCAGCAGCAGCAGCAGCAGCAGCAGCAAAUGGCAGUCCUAGAUGCGGUCCUGGGGGGCCCGUUGCGCUGGCUGAAGCCUCAUCUGCUGCAGCAUCAACAACAGCAGUAGCAGCUGUUGCUGCUGCCGCUGCAGGAGCGCCACCCUCUGAAGAUGCGGCGCUCAAUCAGCCGCAGCAGCAAGAGCAGCAGCAGCAGCAGCAGCAGCAGCAGCAGCAGCGAGGCAGCAAGAAGUGGCGAUCUGUGGAGAAGGCCAUAGAAGAGGAUUUAGAUGAAGACAGCGAAGAGAUUUGGGGAGUAGAAAAAGAAGACAUGCUGCCUUCAGGCAGCGACGCAGAAGCUGCUGGCGGUGGCGAAUCGAUUGGCGCUGCAGAGACACCCGAAAGACAGCGGCAGCAGUGA